AUGGAAAAAAAACGACGAAAGCGACAUUGUUCAAUAUUCUUGGAACAUUUACCUAAUGAAUUAUUUGCUCAAAUAUUCUCUUAUUUAAAUGGAGUGGAUGCUGUUUUUGCCUUUUCACAACUUAAUCAUCGUUUUCAAUGUUUACUUAGCGAAAAUUGUCAAUUCUUUGAUUAUAAAUCAAUAAGAUAUUUUGAUCGUAUACAACGUUCACUUGUUCAUUUAUCAUCAUUAAAUAGUCUUGAAAUUUAUCAAAAAGAAAAAGGAACAUUACUUCCUAAUGGUCAACCCGAUGAAAAUUUUAAUAGAAGUGAAGUAAUUAAUUUAAUUAUUUAUAGUGAGUUUGUCUCAAUCCAAUGGAUACAUAUAUUGACUAAAUUACGACAUUUAGAGAUUCACUCUUACGCAAUAAUAUCAUCAGAAAAUGUUCUUUGUUUAUUGAAAAAUACACCUCAUUUAUGUUCAUUAAUUGCAGAAAAGAGUGUUUUACAGAAAGCAACAGAAUAUUGGAAUAAUGUUUCCAUAUGUAAUCAUCUAGCUCGUAAGAUUGUUUCUUUAAAAUUACGUGGGGAAAAAGUACGAUCACGAUCUAUAAGUAAAAAUGAAAUCCAACAAAUUAUUCGAAUUUUCUCUUCGAAAUGUCAACAUUUAUCUUUAUAUGCUCAAUCACCAACCGACACAAUUGGUUUAAUUUUACAAAAUAUGUCUCAACUACAUAGUUUACAUGUCACUAUUUUUAGAAAAAUAUCCCCAUCUAUUGAUAUGGCAUGGUUACAGCAGCAACAGAGUAUAUUCAAUAGUUCUAAUUGUAUUAUUGUUAAUAACGAACCUAAUCAUUAUUUUUGGUUAGGACAACAUCAAUGA